AUGGCCGUGGAACUGGACUUUCUUACCUUGUUUCUCUCCUUCAUUUCAGUCCUCAUCUUCAUUUUCUUCUUCCGCUCCACUUCUCAUCCUCCAAGCAAAACCCCAUGUCCAGAAUCAUACCCUAUAAUCGGAAACCUCCCCAGCCUCCUCCGCAACCGCCACCGCUUCCACGACUGGGUCACCGACAUGCUCUCCAAAACCCCAUCAUCUACUCUGCAAGUCAACAACUUUCUCAACCUCUCUCAUAUCAUCUGCACUGCCAACCCUGUCAAUGUAGAGCACCUCCUUGUCACCAACUUCUCCAACUACAUCAAAGGCUCUCGCUAUCUUGACUUCCUCCAAGAACUCCUUGGCCAUGGAAUCUUUAACGUUGAUGGUCACCUCUGGACUGUACAACGUAAGAUUGCUAGCCAUGAAUUCAACACUAAAUCUCUCAAACACUUCAUAUCAGAUGUAGUCAAAUCCGAACUAUCCAAAAGUCUCGUGCCAAACUUAUCCAAAGCAUGUGAUCAAAGCUUGACCUUUGAUUUGCAAGAUGUGUUGCAAAAGUUCACUUUCACUAACAUAUGCAAAGUUGCAUUUGGGGUUGACCCUGAACCCAUGUCAAGUUUGCCUUUCGUUAGGGCUUUUGAUGAUGCUGUGGAAAUUGGGUUUUCAAGAUUUAUGGCUCCACUUCCGGCAAUAUGGAAGCUUCAAAGAUCCUUGAAUAUAGGAUCAGAGAAGAGACUUAAAGAAGCUGCUGAAGUAAUUAAUGAGUUUGCUAUGGAGGUAAUAAAAUCAAGACAAGAACAAGAAAAGAAAAUCGAAGAUGUUGGAGGCAAGAAUCAAGAUCUGUUAUCAAGAUUUAUGUUGUUGAGUUCCGACAUGGAAUUUCAAGAUGAAGAACAUAGAAGGAAGUUCUUGAGAGACAUAAUCAUAAGUUUUGUACUUGCUGGUAAGGACUCAACUUCAACAGCUUUGACAUGGUUUUUUUGGUUAAUUGCUGGCAACCCUCGUUGCGAAUCUUUGAUUUAUAAUGAAUUAUCAUUGGCAGCCCCGCCGCUGGGGGCUGAGCCGGUGCCGGAGUCAAGGGUAAGGAUCUUCAGCUAUGAAGAGUUGAAAAGAUUUCACUAUUUACAUGCUGCUGUAUCAGAGUCCAUGAGGUUGUUUCCACCUGUACCAAUCAAUUCAAGAUCAACGGUGGAAGAUGAUGUAUUACCAGAUGGGACCCAUGUUAGGAAAGGGUGGGCUGCUGAUUAUUCUGCUUAUGCAAUGGGCAGGAUGGAGACAGUGUGGGGUCAGGAUUGCAGGGAGUUCAAGCCUGAAAGGUGGUUAGAUGGUGAAGGAGUGUAUCAACCGUUUGAUCAAUUUAGAUAUCCUGUGUUUCAUUGUGGGCCCAGGAUGUGUUUAGGGAAGCAAAUGGCUUAUAUCCAAAUGAAGGCAAUAGCUGCAGCCGUGAUGUAUGAGUUUGAGAUCUUGCCUGUUGAUGGAGGUGCCACUGCAGAGAAAAUGAUGAACCCACCUUACAGAUUAUCCAUGGUUCUCAAGAUGAGAGGUGGCUUGCCUGUGAGGCUAAAGAGGAGAGUGGCAGCUCAACAAUUAGUCAAAAGUCAACGAAUAAAAUAG